CGCAGCGCUUCCCGUCAUCCCUCGACACAGAGCUGUUCCCAUCGUGCCCCGCGCGAGUAUAGAAUCCGGUUUCCCAUGAUCCUCUCUUUCUCUUCGCCGGAGUUGCCUGUGUGGGUUCUCCUGCUGCCGCCAUUAUGAAGGUGGAAUUGUGCAGUUUCAGCGGGUACAAGAUCUACCCGGGCCACGGCCGCCGCUACGCGCGCACGGACGGCAAGGUUUUUCAAUUUCUGAAUGCAAAAUGUGAGUCUGCAUUCCUUUCCAAGAGAAACCCCCGUCAGAUCAAUUGGACUGUUCUGUACAGGCGAAAGCACAAGAAAGGACAGUCUGAAGAGGUACAAAAGAAACGUACACGUCGUGCGGUUAAAUGCCAUAGGGCAAUCACAGGUGCCUCUUUGGCUGAAAUAAUGGCUAAGAGAAACCAGAAGCCUGAAGUGCGAAAGGCUCAAAGGGAACAGGCCAUUAGAGCUGCCAAGGAAGCAAAGAAGGCUAAGCAGGCGACAAAGAAAACUGUACCAUCCACAACAAAGGCACCUACAAAGGCUGCACCAAAGCAAAAAAUUGUGAAGCCUGUGAAAGUUUCUGCUCCUCGUGUUGGUGGGAAACGCUAACUUGCCACACUGUUUUGGUUCUGUCAAAUAAAUGAUUGGCAUGUAA